ACCUAAAACGACGCGAUACGAUAACCGCUUAAACCGCUCUCAGGUUCCUCUCUGGUACAAUAAAAACAUCUGUUCCUUUAAGAGUUCUUCGAUACCUUCUUUUUAUUUUCCUUUUUCUCACUCUUCCCUAAAUAUAUAAGUAUUUAGAUUAUUUUAUAACAGAAAGUGUGACAUAAAGAGUGCCAUCGAAGUAAACAAAAAAUUGGACGUAGAAUGUCAAAUUAACGGAAAGUAAUUUUCACUUUUUAAAUUCUCACGACUUAAUGACGAAUGAUAUUGAUGGUUUAGAUCUUGAAUAUAAUAAUGAGCCAAUUUGUUACAGUGCAAGUUGGCCAAUGUGGGAAUCAAAUAGGAUCAGCUUUUUGGCCCUUAGCCUUGCACGAAUAUGGUAUCCAGACCACCACCGGUGGUGUAAAUCUGCUUAAAGUACAACGAAAUCACAUCAAGCACAUCGACGACCUUUCUGAUGCAUUUUCCAGUUUUUUUCACAUCUCAAAUGAUAAAUAUAAAUUACAUUUUCAAGAUGUAGCUGACCUAAACUCAGCUAAAGUUAAAGCUAGACAGGCUGUCUUAGUAGAUAUGGAAGAUAGUGUUGUAUCUAGGUUUAAGCAAGGUCCAUUGCGUCAGUUGUUUGAUCAGACAUGUAUUGUAACGAAUUACCCAGGAUCUGGAAACAAUUGGGCAAUAGGAUAUCACGUUCAUGGUAGCGAAUAUCAUGAUCGUUUAGAGGAAAGUAUAAGACACGUAGUCGAAAGAUGUGAUCGACUUCAUGGGUUUUUGUUGAUGCAUUCCUUGGGAGGUGGCACUGGAUCUGGAUUAGGAACAGCAACCUUAAAACUGUUAAAAGAUAAUUAUCCUCAUGUAGAAAGAAUUGUAUCAUGUGUGUAUCCAGCAAAUACACAAGAUACUAUAACUGCCCCUUAUAACACCCUACUUGCAACUCAAGAACUUAUAGAACAUGCCACAUGUGUGCUUCCAGUAGAGAAUAAAGCUCUUUUAGACAUAUGUAAUACUCAAAUAAAUAAACGAGAUAACGCGGGACAAACAAAUUAUAAUGCUUCGUGUAGACCAUUUCAAGAUAUGAACAGUAUCAUUGUCAAUAUGCUCCUGCACUUGACCAGUGGAUCUAGAUUUCCAGGCAAUUUAAAUAUGGAUAUGAACGAAGUGGCUACAAAUCUAGUGCCUUAUCCAAAAUUACAUUAUAUAUUCAGCAGUAUCAGCCCUGUAACUUUGUCUGCCCCAAAUAUGUGCACUAUGCAAGAAACAAGAUUACAGGACGAAGUAUUCAUGAACGCAUGGUCGCGAAAUAAUCAGUUAAUUAGAUUAGAUCCACUUCAAUCUACUUCCGUUAUUCUUGCUGCAGCACAUAUUGCAAGGGGAAAUACUACCUUAACUGAUAUAAAACGAAAUGUUGAAAGGUUUCAAAAUAAAUCAAAGUUUACUUCGUGGAGUAAAGAUUGUAUGAAAAUAGGAUUAUGUUCCGUUCCUCCAGCAGGACAUUCAUCAUCAUUGCUGUGUCUUCUUAAUUCAUCUGCUAUGUCUUCAUUAUUCAAAGAUAUAAUCCAAGAGUUUUCCAAACUAUAUAAGAAAAAGGCACAUGUUCAUCACUAUACACAGGUACAUGGAUUUGAAGAAACACAUUUUAUUGAGAGCAAAGAAAAUAUUCUCAGUUUAUGUGAAUGUUAUGCAGAAAUACAAAAUAUGGAAGAGAUAAAUAUUUCCAGAUUACAAGUAAUUUAAAUAACUUGAAAAAUAAUUUAAAGAUGGAACCUAAGGGUGUGUUCGAGGAGACGCUAUUAACGCUAUUAACAUCAGUUUAUCCUUGUUCUACUUUUAAUGAGUAAUGAAGAUGGACUGAUGCUGGUAGCGCUAAUAGCGUCUCCCCGAACGCACCCUAAAUGUAUCCUACAUCACAUCUUGUGUAUGUAACAAAAAAUUUUUGUAUUUAUAAUCGAUAUUUAUUAAUUUAAUAUAUAUAUAUAUGUACAAUAUAACACUAAUUUAAUAAAAAUAGUGACUUUGAAGACAGUAA